AUAAAAAAAAUAGCUAAUUUUAUCAUGACGCAAAACAAUGUAUAUCUAGAAGGACCAUUAAGCAAAUGGACUAAUUUAGUUAAUGGGUGGCAAUAUAGAUGGUUUGUAUUAAAUUAUCAAUCAGGAAUGUUGACCUAUUAUACAUCAAGGGAUAAAAUGAAGAAAGGCUCAAGACGGGGAUGCGUGUACCUACAAAAGGCUAUGAUAGGCAUCGACGACGAAGACGAUAGCGGUUUCAGCAUUACGAGCGAUUCAAAGCAAUUCCAUUUCCAAGCACGGGAUUCUCAAGAUCGGGAGAAAUGGGUCAGGGCGCUCGAAUACGCCAUAUUUAAUCAGAGAAAUAAAGCGAUGGCUUCCAGCGCCAAUCUGCCCGCUACGACCGCGGAACCUGAGCAUCAUUCGGCUCCCGUUUCCCCUCGAUUCUAUAACUCGCCUAUGAUGACCAAUAUUUCGCCGAAAUUAUCGAUGGACCAAUUGAUUAACGAUAAAAAUUGUUCUUACAAAAAUGUCCCCUUCGAUAGCUGCUUGAAUCAAACGUUCGAUUUCGAUAGCAAGAUAGCCGAGGCCGAUGCUUACCUACAAAUUCUUAUCAAUCAGAUGAAAGCUCUAGAAAGCAAAUCCAACCUCAUGAACGAGGAAGAUGAGAUGCGAAAAAAGUACCUGGAGAUCAAGAUUUCUACCAACGCAUUGAUAGAUUCGGUCAAGCAUUCUAUAGUCAUCUUACAAAUAACGCGGAACGCCGUAUUUCCCUCUAGCGGUAUUUAUCAAUCCACGCUGCCCCCGUUAAUAGUGGCUUCAACCUCCAACAUCACAUGGGGCACCUUGCCGAUCGACGGAAACGCACCUUCGUCUCCGUCUAUCCCCUUCCGCGAUAAAUCUAAUUCCCCGGACAUUCAAUCCAUAAUACCAAUCCAGAGACCGGCCUCUGUCCAACACUUGCCACGCGUUCAGGACACCGUAUCAUCCUUCUCCACCAGCGAAGACGACGACAACACUCAAGACGAGGAGCAUCUAUAUUUCGACGCGGAAGAAGAUACGCAUAUCGCUGAAAACAGCGACCUACGAAAGGAUGUGGUCGCGAAAGCUGUAAUCUUGACCACUGACUCCAUUUCACCACAGGCCCUCGCUGACCAAGCAAGAAAAGGGAGAAGGCCUUCGACAGAAAAUUCUACGAUAAUGACGCCUGUCAAUCAAGUUCCCCCGCCCACUCCAAAUUACUCCCCCAAUCCAGGUCGCCGCCCCAUACCAGCCAAACAUUUAAAAGAUCACGCGGUCGACGAAAUCAAAGAUCGCGAUACCUUGUUUCAGGAUUCGUCGGAAGAAGAGCUGGAAGAUAUCUCGAACUACGGCGGCAUGGUGAAACAUCUGGUUUCCCAGGUGAGGAUCGGCAUGGAUCUCACCAAAGUGACCCUGCCCACCUUUAUACUGGAACGCAGAUCGUUGCUGGAAAUGUUUGCCGACUUCUUCGCGCAUUCAACUCUGUUUUCCAACGUAACGGAUAAGGAAACCCCGAAGGAACGCAUGACGGAAAUGGUCAAGUAUUACUUGAGUUCCUUCCACGCCGGACGGAAAUCCGCCGUGGCUAAGAAGCCCUUCAAUCCCGUGCUCGGGGAAGUGUUCACUUGCUUCUGGGUCAACGCGACGGAAGAUGACCGCGUCGAUAUCGAAUCUACUCCUCACCCUACAGCCCGCGAGGAAAAUAAGCGCGUUGACGUUAAAAAAGAUGCCGCCAUCGACAAAACAUUGUUAGACGAAGGCCCCGCCUUUUGGUGCGAUAAUGUCAACGAUUUGACAUUCGUAGCCGAACAGGUGUCUCAUCACCCACCGAUAUCUUCUACUUCCCAUCCUUAUGAAAAUGAGGCCAAAUCUCAUUUUUGA